AAGCCAUCAUCUGGGCCACACAAGUCUCGUGAAUGCUUGCCUCUGAUCCUGAUCCUGAGGAACAGGUUGAAGUACGCUCUCACGUACCGUGAGGUCAUUUCCAUUUUGAUGCAGCGUCAUGUUUUGGUCGACGGCAAGGUCAGGACCGACAAGACCUACCCCUCUGGAUUCAUGGAUGUUGUGUCGAUCCCUAAAACCAACGAGAACUUCCGUCUGCUUUACGACACCAAGGGUCGGUUCCGUCUCCACUCUGUUAGGGAUGAUGAGGCUAAGUUCAAGCUCUGCAAGGUUCGUUCAGUGCAGUUUGGACAGAAGGGGAUCCCCUACCUAAACACUUACGAUGGGCGGACCAUUCGCUACCCCGACCCUCUCAUCAAGGCUAAUGACACUAUCAAGUUAGACUUGGAGACUAACAAGAUCACUGAAUUCAUCAAGUUUGAUGUUGGAAAUGUCGUCAUGGUGACUGGUGGACGGAAUAGGGGACGUGUCGGAGUCAUCAAGAACAGGGAAAAGCAUAAGGGUACCUUUGAGACCAUCCACGUCCAGGAUGCCCAGGGCCAUGAGUUUGCUACCCGUCUCGGUAAUGUCUACACCAUUGGUAAGGGCACAAAGCCUUGGGUCUCCCUUCCCAAGGGCAAGGGUAUCAAGUUGUCUAUCAUUGAAGAGGCCAAGAAGAGACUGGCCGCCCAAGCUGCAGCCACCGCUUGAUCUUUACAAUGCAACUACAGUUUUCCUUGAGUUAUAGUUCGAUUAGAUUAAAUUUCUUUAGCAGUGACCUUUUUCAGCUUAUUUAGUGAGCGUUUCAUGCUGUGGUUUAAUUUACUUUCCUUGUUUUGGGGUAAAUGUUUUUAUUGCUUGAAUCUUGUUAAGAGCUUUCUCUGUUACGAGAUAUGUAUGGGAUAAUUUUAUUGACGUGAUGAGAUACCAAAUUUUUGCAAAA